AUGAAAUUCAUAUUUUCGGGCACCAGUAAGUAAUCCCGAAAGUGAAAAGGAGAUGGACAUAAAACCUUUUCUGUUCACCACUCUCCAUCUAGUAACGAUUUCACCUCCGAUGGGUAUUAAAUUAUUAAUUAGUAAAUACUAGACUAACCCACACGGCCAGUCUCGAAACUUCAGGUGAAUCUUCGUGCGCCGCUGCCACCGACCACGUUCUCAGAGUCUCUCUAUCAGUGUAAGAAACAAACACAAUGCUGAAGUUCCUGUCAAGGGUGAGGAUUGAGUUCAAUGCCUUGGACCCACGUACGGCCUCGUGUCUGGAGUUCUUGGCACAGUGCAAUGCCCGGAAGGCCAAGGAGUCCAACCCCUCCUGCGCUGUCCAAGUCAAGCGCCGAACCGAUGAUGAGCCGCCUAAGAUCACCGUCACCUUUGUCAACGGAGUCGAGGAGGUGUUCGACGCCACCGCCACUCCCGCCCAGGACAUCAGGAACAUGAUUCUUGAAAAGGGUCAGAGCCUCGAGACUGAGCAGAUGUUCCGCGACGCUGGUGAGCCUUGGCCCGUUGUUAUCCCCGCCGAGGAGCUCCACCAACCGGCCCCUGGUACCAAGCCGAGGAAAGCAGAAGAGAAAAAGCAGUAAUCUGUUCCCAUUUGAUCACACAGAUUACUGGGGAGCGCUUGUAUAGUCAAGUCUGCUAGACUUCAGUUCGGCGUUUCAUUUGGAAAAGAGAAUACUGUAUUGGAGUUGCACUUUAGACAAUCCCGUCUUGUUGCGGUUUUGCUUCACUGUAGAUGCAUUUGAUACAUUUAGUAGAGGUUGAAUCCUCGGAGUAGGAAUUGUGGAUGCUAGGAGCCAUGUUUUCUUCUUCGUUUUUUUGACACUUUUGUUGGAGCUUACAGCCAUUAUAACAUUGUUCUGGCCUGCGAGUGAGAGAGCAAGUAAAAUCGGGGCAAGUAAUUUGAAUAGAUGGACUGCUAAGUAGCUCUAUCUUGUCUUUAGACAAUUCAACCAAUAUUAUUUUUGUAAUCAUACUCGAUAAUUGGUAAAGCUAGUCUCAAGUCCUCAUUUUUCUCCUUUA